CUUUAUUGUGAGUUUCUUUACAUUUAAGCUCUCUGUUUCCAAAAGUAGAUACCAAAAUCAGAUUAGAGUUUCAGAGACAUCUCUCGAAUACGAUCAUCAGACAAGACUUAACCUCCAUUUGCACGUCUUCCUGCUCACGACAGACAAAUCAUGAACGAAUCCGACAGCUGAACGAAUUGCGUGUCUGAGAAGAUCCAAAUCCUAAUUUUCUACCUUUUUUUUUUGGGAACUAAGGUUAGAAUUUGGAGCUUCUCGUACGUUUUUGCUUGCCUACGUUUCCGGACAAAACCCUAUUUGCAUAUAAACAGAACAGGUUCUGUUCAUCAAGACACUGAAGCCUGAUGGGGAUGGAGGAAGGGAUUAAAGAUAAUGCUGCAUCAGCUCCCAAUUCAAGACCUACAAACCAACUUAAAGCUCUUUUACCGAUGCGGGUGCUUCAAGUUUUCUUGUUGUUCUUUGUUUUGGUUCUUGGAAUCUCAGUCAUUAGUAUGCACAUGAUCAAGUACUUAAAGAUUCAAACUUUAGCUCCAUCGACAUUGAUCUCUACUUAUGAUGAGAGAAUUACGUUAGAGAGCCUUAUCAAGCCUCCAUUGAAUGGUUGGCAUUCCAUGAAUGACAGUGAGCUUCUUUGGCGUGCUUCGAUGGAGCCUCGGAUACUUGACUAUCCAUUUAAAAGAGUUCCUAAAAUGGCAUUCAUGUUUCUCACCAAAGGACCUUUGCCAUUUGCUCCACUUUGGGAAAGGUUUUUCAAAGGGCAUGAGGGCUUUUACUCAAUCUAUGUUCAUACUUUGCCAAAUUAUAGAUCAGAUUUCCCAAGCUCAUCUGUGUUUUACAGAAGACAGAUCCCAAGUCAGCAUGUAGCUUGGGGAGAGAUGAGUAUGUGUGAUGCUGAAAGGAGGCUUUUGGCUAACGCGUUGCUCGAUAUCUCUAACGAAUGGUUUGUUUUACUAUCUGAAGCGUGUAUUCCUCUUCGCGGUUUCAACUUUGUCUACCGUUAUGUCUCUAGAUCAAGAUAUAGUUUCAUGGGUUCUGUUGACGAGGACGGGCCUUACGGGAGAGGCAGAUAUAGCUAUGCAAUGGGACCAGAAGUAAGUCUAAACGAGUGGAGAAAAGGGUCUCAGUGGUUUGAAAUAAACAGAGCACUUGCUGUUGAUAUUGUUGAAGACAUGGUUUACUAUAACAAAUUCAAAGAGUUUUGUAGACCUCCUUGUUAUGUAGAUGAACAUUACUUCCCAACAAUGCUCUCUAUUGGAUAUCCGGAUUUUCUCGCUAAUCGGACAUUGACUUGGACAGAUUGGUCAAGGGGUGGUGCUCAUCCAGCUACUUUUGGCAAGGCUGAUAUAACAGAGAAGUUCAUCAAGAAGCUGUCAAGAGGUAAAGCUUGCUUCUACAAUGAUCAGCCAUCUCAAGUUUGUUAUCUUUUUGCAAGAAAGUUUGCUCCAAGCGCAUUGAAGCCUUUACUUAAACUUGCACCAAAGGUUCUUGGGUUCUAAUUAAUGGAUCUCUUGUCUUCUUUUUGUUCUUGGUUUUUGUUCUGAAAUGUUCUUGAACUUGAGUGUAGCUUCGUAUAGCAUGGACACAACUCUGAUCCUUAUUGUCUCCUUCCACAUUGAUAAUAUAGAUACUUCAAUGGCUAAAGAACUCUUCUUGUUCCAAUGUUUAAACUCCUCAAAACUGGAAUAGAAGCACAAAAGUCUAUCUUUUAUUAGCUGUUUGUCAAUACAAGAACAAUGUAAGAUGUGUGUAUAAGUGUGUGUAUGUUUAAUGUAUAGUGAUAGUAUUUGAUUUACAUCUUCAUAAGAAGAGUAAAUAGAAUAUACUGAAAAUCUAAGCUAGAUGAAGAAGCAAUGAGAGCAAAAGAAUGUGGAAGGGUUUCAAAUAUAAAAGAACUAACUAAUCAUAUGAUCUGAGUCCCUCCUUUCUUCCUGAAUGAAACGGAAGAUCCUUGCAGCAGAUUCAGAGGCAGAUGUUGAAUUAUGAGGAACGGCUUUAAUGGCGCGAAGCAUCGGUUGCUGUUUCUGCUUGUACUCAUCAGUUUGAUGGGUAGGCUCUGUAGGAAACAGAGGAAGCACUUCAAGUUUAUGCUUCUCUGGUGGACUUGAAGCUGUGCUUCCAUGUAUGUCACUGUCAUUAGAUUCCUGAGACUUCUUUAAAGAAAAUGGAAUGGCUUGUGUCAUGUGGCUUGAUGUGUUAGACCAUCUUUGAAACUGACCAAACGGGUUUGUUUGGUCAACUGUUGUCCUCGCGUUAGGAGGUGGGAAGUAGCUGUGGCUGAAUGGAGAAGAAACAGGGAACCUGAAUGGUGUCUCGAGUGAAUCUUGGCCAUAAACUGGAACCAUGAAGGCUGAAGAAGAAGGAGGACAUGGUCCUGGAAAUGGUUUAUAGACCAGACCGUCUGAAUCAGUUAUUACAGGAACUAACCAUUGGUUUCCAGGAGGAGGAAGUAGCUGUUGUGGCCAAAUAGGAGUCACGAGUUCUUUGCUUAUGGAAGGUAGAGGAAGCUUUGGUUUCAUAUGCUCUGGAUAUUCUUCAGGUACAGGUUUGUGAUUCUCAGUGUUUGGCUUUCUAACCUUUGAAGCCGCCAUUGCAAGCUGAUGUGAUGACCUCAUUGUACCAUGUUUGACACCAUUAAGCUUACUUUCAAGAAACAAGUUUGGCGACUUCGCAACCAUCUUUUGAACCUGCAUCAUAUUAAGUAAUCUGAAGCAUAGAAAGCAAACCAGAAACAAUAAGGUUAUUAAAAGCUUACCAUUAUCAGUCUAUGGAGCUCAAAUACUUGCCCGGCAAAGAUCUUUUGCUGACUGA